AUAACAACUUAGUCAGUAUUGAGAAUUUAAAAAUAAAACAUUCAUAAUAAUAAUAAUAAUGGAAAAUAAUGAGUUUUUACAAAAUAAUGCAAAAGUUGAAAUUGAACCGAAACAAAAUUUUCAUUUUCGCUAUGAAAGGGAUAUUAAUCAGGGAAAAACACACGGUAUUUUGAACGGUCAAAACGAAGAUUAUCCAAAACUUAAACUUCUUUUACCGGAAAAUGGUGCUAAAGAUGAGUGGGGUAAUCAACGUGAUUUUUAUGUACUUUGUUCAUUGCAUUGUAAUGACAAUAAUAAACCACUUUCGCCGCAUCUUCUAAUGAUAAAGGGCAAAACAGCUGUUAAUUAUCGAUUUAUAUUUGAAAAAAUGGAAACAUCUGAACACAAUACUGCGGAGCGAUUUUGGAAAUUAAAAGAUUAUGUUAUAGUACGUUUACAAAACAAACAAUAUAAAAAAUCGUUAGAAAAUAAACAAAGUGAAUUUGCAGAAUUGGGUUUACCAUUUGAUUUCAAACGCCUAUUAGGACCGUUGAAGCUAGACGAUCGUAAUGUACAAGAUAGUGGAAAAUUAAAAGACGAUCCUAGUAUACAAGAUAGUGGAAAAUUAAAUGUCUGUCUGGGCUUUACGAUCUUCGAAAAAGACUUUUACAAUAACACCUAUUCUCUAUACAGGGAUCCAAUAUAUACGUGCAACAUUUAUCAUGGUGAUGAUUUGAAAAUCAAAAAAUUAUGCAACAUCAAAGGCAGUAUACGUGGAGGUACUGAAAUAACAAUUUUAAUCAGAUUUGAAUCAAAUUUGCCCCUUAAUGUUUUAAUCAAGAAAAUCAAAAAAAACACCAAUGAAACCGAAUGGUUUCGAGAAGUGCAAAUACAUGAAGAACAAAAAUUUCAAAAAGCAGCCAUUACAUUUAAUUUACCCAGCUACGAUGGACCUCAUUCAGACAAAGAAGUCGAAAUUGAAGUUUAUAUGUGUGUUGUGGUUCGAGAUACCACUUAUAAAAGUGAUAGUGUCAAGUUUUAUUACAUAAAUGAAAACUCAUAUAAACGUCGAAUAGAUGAAGAUCAAUGUAAUGUGGAAUAUAACGGUAAGAAGAAAAAAAGUAGUGAUGUAUCAAAUGAUAGCGCAGAUUUGCCAUCAGCUGUACAUGUUCCAGUGAAAAAUGUAUGCAGUAACAGUGAGAAAAUUAAAUCUCAAAUUGAUUUGAUUUUCAGUAAGGCAGAGGAUGGUAUUUAUUAUAAAAAUAUGGAUUACGUAUUUUACGAUGCUUUAGAAAAUAGAGACACUCUAAUACAUCUCUAUACAAAGGCUAAUGAAACGAAGCAGCAAAAUCUAAUUGUCGAUUUCCGUAAUAGAGAUCAAGAAAAUCUCUUACACUGGGCUUGUAAAAUGGAUUAUAGCAAAAGUAUACGUCCCCUUAUUGGACUGGGAUGUCACAUAAAUCAGCAAAAUAUGUGGGGAAGAACGCCAUUACAUAUUGCUCUAACUGAACGACGUGACGCUUGCAUUUCGGAAAUUCAAUUGAUAUUUAAAAACUAUUUACAAUAUUCGGAGAAUGUAAAGAAGGAUUUGAUAAACAUGUUAAAAACCUACAAUCAUAACGGCUAUACAGUGUUACAUGAAGCUGUACUUAAUCGUUAUUACGAAUUAUUCGAAAUUAUGCUGAUAUUUAUGACGGAACAUAAUUUAAAUAUUUUAGAUUAUGAAGUAUUGGGAAGUGGUGAUUCUAUUGCCCAUUUAGCGGCUAAGAAUAAUACACUUAUGGAUAUAGACUCUAUAAUCAUGAAAUAUAUACCAAAUUAUAUGUCGGUUAAAAAUUAUGCUGGCAUAAUGGUAAAGGAUUUAAAUGAAAUGUUUUCUGAAAAAUUAUCUAUAUAAUUGCAUUAAAUUGGAAUUUCUUAUCUUAACAUUAAAGUUAUUUAAAAAAUCUUACCGUUUCCCAAAUUGUUUCCGCAACAACGCCUUUACUAUCUACAAUGAAAAAGAGCAGAGAAAAAUAUAUGUAAAUAAAAUAGUAACAUACUUUUGGGGAUUAACUUUAAUCAAUAAACAUUAUUGCAUACUUUUUAUAUAUAUAUAUAAUUAAUCUUAAUAAAUAAUAAGUAUUCCAUAUCUAAA